CUAUGAAAAGGUGCCGCCGACGCUGUUGUUCAUAUUUUCUAUGAUUCUAUGAAAUGAGGAAACGGUGCAGCUUCCUGGGAGCAGUGUUGCUCUAUAGCUAAGACUGUUGUCUUUUAGGUAUGUGCACUGGCAAAUCCUUACAGCAAUGUACAGUGCAGGCACUGGGCCAUUUCCUCAAUGCGUGGGUACCUGCAUAAUCCCCAUUAAGCUAAAGGACUCCAGUGAGAUCCACCACCAGGCAGUCGGCCCCAUAGCUAGGUUAGGAUCCCAAGUCCAGGAUCCCAAACACAGCCAGAAGCCUCCAGGAGUAACCACAAAGCACCCAGCUCUUUGGGAAAUCAGGUCACUUCUAGCAAUCACUGCCUUGGGGACAGAGUCCUCGAGAGGGGUUUGGAGCAGUGUUUCUGCUGCUGCCGGCCUUUGGAGGGAGGGUGGGCAGGACACUGCCUCUCGGCAUUCGGGUCCCCACCUGCUUGAAUAAUGACUCUGAUCACACUGGCCCCUUCUAGCCUUAAAAAAAGUCCGUGCUCUUUGCAUGAACUGAAACAGAAGGUAAGACCUAGCAUGCUCGUUAGCUACAGGGUUAAUUUGAAUAGCAAACAGAGAGUGAGGCCACGUGUCGGUGGUUUGUAAUCUGUCAGUGAGAAAGGCAGUUUAUAAAUACAACUGUGUAAUCAUCUCUGCUCAGUUUGGCGGGAUCCCUUGUGGCAGAGCACAGAUCCCUAAGAAUGGCCAUCUGGAUAGCAGUUCUUUGCACCCUGUUAGCAAUCGUCCUCGGCGGCCUCCACCACUUGGGAGUAUUUCGCAGGAGAAGACCCAAAGAGCCUCCCCUGGAUAAAGGCUACAUCCCAUGGCUGGGCUACGCGCUAGAUUUCAGAAAGAACAGCUCAGAGUUUCUACAGAAGAUGCAGAGAAAGCAUGGGGACAUUUUCACGGUGCUGAUUGGAGGCUACUACUUCACUUUUGUCAUGGACCCAUUCUCUUUUGGGGCCAUUGUGAAGGAAUCCAGAUCCAAACUGGAUUUUACGAAAUUUGCAUCUGAGCUGGUCAGGAGGGUUUUUGGAUACCAUCCUGUCCCAACGGACCACAAGAUCAUUCAGCUGGCAAGCACAAAGUACCUGAUGGGAGAUGGGCUUGUUGUCAUGACUCAGGCCAUGAUGGAGAACUUGCAGAAAGUGAUGCUCCAUAGCCUGGGUGCCGGAGUAGAGGAGAGGCCAUGGAGCCAAGAUGGGCUCUUCCACUACAGCUACAACAUUGUCUUCAGGGCUGGCUACCUGGCUUUGUUUGGAAAUGAGCCAACCAACGGCACUGGGAGCAAGAAGAAAGCCCAAGAGUGCGAUCUCACCCACUCUGAAGAGGUCUUCUACGAGUUUCGCAAGUACGACCUUCUCUUUCCUCGUCUGGCCUACGCUGUGCUGCCGCCCAAGGAUAAAAUAGAGGCUGAGAGGUUGAAGAAGCUCCUCUGGAACAUGGUUUCUGUGAAGAAGACCUACACAAAGGAUAACAUUAGCGGGUGGAUAAGAAGCCAAGAACGGGACCUGGAAGAGAAUGGUGUCCCCGAGCACAUGAGGGACCGGUUCAUGUUUCUACUCCUUUGGGCCUCCCAAGGCAAUACAGGCCCAGCUUCUUUCUGGCUUCUCUUGUAUCUCAUGAAACAUCCCAAAGCCAUGAAGGCUGUGCGGGAAGAAGUGGACCAAGUCGUAAAAGAGUCUGGUCAGGACGUGAAGCCAGGCAGCGCCCCAAUUAACAUCACCAGGGACAUGUUGAUGAAUACCCCUGUUCUGGACAGCGCGGUGGAGGAGACGCUGCGCCUGGCAGCCGGCCCUAUUCUGAUCCGAGCGGUCAUUGAGGACAUGAAUCUCAAGAUGGCCAAUGGGGAAGACUACAUCCUCCGCGGAGGAGACAGGAUAGCCCUGUUCCCCCAUGUUGCAAUUCAGAUGGACCCCGAAAUCCAUCCUGAGCCUCACACCUUCAAAUACAACCGGUUCCUAAACCCUGAUGGCACCAAGAAAGAUUUCUACAAGAACGGGAAAAAGUUGAAGUACCCUACUAUGCCCUGGGGGGCGGGGACAUCCAUCUGUCCCGGACGUUUCUUUGCAGUCAGUGAAAUGAAACUGUUCGUGGCCUUGAUGUUGCUUUACUAUGAUGUGGAGCUGGUUAAUGGAGAAGAGGAAAUCCCUCCCAUAAAUACCAGCCGGUGGGGAUUUGGUAUGAUGCAGCCCGUGCAUGAUAUCCAGUUUCGAUAUCGGCUACGCUUUUAAUAGGAGAUGGUGAGCCCCCUUCUGACAUACACCUAUUCUGUAUUGGCUUGAAAUGCAUUCAUUAGCGAAUCACUUGUCAAACUGAGCUAUUGAGUAUAAAAGUUCUCCCAUAGUAGUGAUGCUUGAGGACAUGGAUAGGUUCAAGCCUGUUAAAUGAUUGCCGCAACCUCUCUCUCUUACUCAGUGUGUU